AUGAAGUUCACAACACUUACCCCGGCCCUAUUGGGUCUCACUGCCUCGGUGGCUGCCUACACUGUGGAGUACUCGACAGAGACGGGAUACUUUUUGCAGGAUGAGAGCUCAACUGAUGCAUCGACCUUUGAUUAUGCGGCUGUUAAUUUCGGUCUGAUCAAUCGCACAUACCCCGCAGACAGCCAUUUAAAGAAACACCGCGACUACUCCCAGUGGGAACGCUUCUACCACCAGGUCCAGAAGCUCAACCAAGACUCACACAAGGAUAUCGAGUACAAGGUCCUCUUCCUUGGUCGGCACGGCGAGGGCUAUCACAAUGCCGCGGAGACUUUCUACGGCACACCGGCAUGGAAUUGCUACUGGGCCGAACUAGACGGAAACAGCACAACCACCUGGAAAGACGCCUCCCUAACAGAAAACGGCAUAACCCAAGCCCUAAAAGCACACAAUCUAUGGCAAAAGCUCAUAAACGAACAAAACAUCCACACACCAGAUAACUACUUCGUCAGCCCACUCACCCGAACCCUCCAAACAGCAAACUACACCUUCACAGAUCUAUCCCUGCCCCGCUCCGCAGCCCCCUUCAACCCCCUCGUCAAAGAACUUUUCCGCGAAGGUAUCAGCAUUCAUACCUGCGAUCACCGCUCUAGUCGAAGCUAUAUUCACAACUUGUUUCCCAAGUGGGCAAUUGAGGCCGGUUUCACCGAGGACGAUGAACUUUGGAACGGGGUAACGGGUGAAACGAGUGCUGCGCAGGAUGUGCGAAGCACGACAGCGCUGAAUGAGGUGUUUUUUACAUCUGCAUCGGAGAAGGAUGAGGCGGUUGUUUCGGCGGAGAAGAAGGGGGGUGGUCGGGGUCCUGUGACGAGUUCGAGUGUUGCUUGGACGGAUAGUCCUCAUUGUACGGUGCCGCCGGUUACGUCUGUUACUGCUUGUGUUUGUCCUUCGAGUGCGGUGCCGGUUACGACGCCUUUGGUUACGGAUCUUUAG